AUGAACCCAUUCGACUCUACGCAAUAUGCCAGCCAACUAUCAUCCCAAGACCACGAACAUGCCCGAAGGAAUUCGUUUCCUGCGCGCACAACAGCCGCAUCAGUUGGAUUGCAUACAGGACAAGGAAAUAUCAACCUCGGAAUAACAUUUGACAUGUCGGCAACUCAAUCAGUUGUCCCACCUCAAGGUCAGACGAACCAAUCAAACCCGCAAACUGCUCGCGUACAACAAACUUCUAUGGAUUUUGGGGCCACGGGAGGUGAUACCAUGGGAACAUAUCAAUUCAACCCUAUGGUCACCCAAGGCAAUGACACAUUGCUCUUUACGGGAAAUGAGCAUAUGUCAAUACAGCAAUUCCAACAGAAUCGAGAAUUGUAUCAAGACGCGGACAGCUUCAGUUUAAAUGCAACCUAUGACCCAACCUCGUUCACACCAGCCAUGGACCCAAUGGCUGCUUUUCAACAGGGUUAUACCGGUACUGUCAAUUUUCAGGAAAACGACAUGACUUUCCCACUUGGGUAUGAUGCUGCGGAUGGUGCUCAACCGCAGUCUUUGGAUAUGCUGUUUGCAAAUUCUACCUUUGUCCCUCUCCCACAGUCGUCGAUGCAACCCACAACCGCGCCAGAACAGCUGAUUACACAACACAAUUGGGUGGACUUGUCGAAUUUUAAUCUGUCUCUACCCGGGCAACGGAUCAAGAUCACUUCCCCGGUCGGAAGUGGCUCGCAACAGAGCUCACUUGUCUCUCUACCACGGCGAAGUCAGAGUACCAGCCAACCUCAAUCCAUGUCACCAUUCAUGCAACAGCAGCCACCCAAAGCUCCAAUUACUUCGCCCUCUUUUCGUAAUCCGUUCAUUCCAUCCGAAGUUGCUGCGUCAACAACACCAAAGCCUGGAGCAGGCAAAGUCGCGUCAGAAUACUAUAACAUAUACUCAAGUAGCGGGUUCGAUAUGUUCGGGAUACUGGCAAAAAUAGCAAGCCGACCAAACCCAGAAAUAGAUAUCGGCGCUGUCGAUAUGUCGUGCGCAUUCAUUCUUUGCGAUAUAACGUCUCAUGAUGAUCCCAUUAUUUACGUGUCCGAUGCUUUUGAGAGGCUUACUGGGUAUACCAGACAUGAAAUCCUCGGUAGAAAUUGUCGAUUCCUCCAAUCACCCGACGGGAAAGUUGACCCAGGAACAAAACGAAAAUAUGUAGAUAACCAGACAGUCUAUCGUUUGAAGGAAAAGAUCCAGGCUCGGGCUGAGGUUCAAGUCAGCAUGAUCAAUUACCGAAAAGGCGGACAGUCCUUUAUGAAUCUGUUGACGAUGAUACCGAUCAAUUGGAAUUCGACCGAUUAUAGGUUUUAUGUUGGGUUUCAAGUUGAUCUCGUUGAGCAACCUCAUGCGGUCACCAAGCGAAAUGCGGAUGGCUCUUACUCGAUCAACUACCAACGGGAUCAGCUUUCUCGGUAUGUCUUGCAUGCGCCUGAAUCGCGAAAGUCACAAACAGCUAUGUCGAGAAACAUCAGUCAUAAUGAGGCUACCUCUAUUUUAAGAACAAUCGGCGCAGGUAUCAAAGAUGGACGAUUCCUAGAUCGAGUCAUACUCGAAAACUCGGACGACGUGAUUCACGUCCUGUCCUUGAAAGGCCUUUUUCUCUAUCUGUCCCAAUCCAGCUCGAAAAUUCUUGAAUAUGAUCCAAGUGAGCUCGUCGGGCGAUCUAUAUCGUCCGUCUGCCAUCCCAGUGACAUUGCUCCGGUCACCCGUGAGCUAAAGCAGAGUACGGCUGGGUCGCCUGUUAGUGUGAUAUACAGAUUCCGACGAAAGAACAGUGGCUAUGUAUGGUUUGAGAGCUAUGGAUCACUGCAUAUUGAGCCUGGUAAAGGGCGCAAAUGCCUAAUACUUGUCGGUCGUGAGCGCCCUGUGUAUGCAUUGGACCGAUCCAGUGUCCUCGAAGCUGGCGGCAUAGGCGAGAAUGAUUUGUGGACAAAAAUAUCCAUUUCGGGAAUGUUUUUAUUCGUCUCAUCUAAUGCACGUGCUCUUCUCGAUAGGACUCCAGCCGAGAUGGUAGGAAAGGGUAUACAAGAAUUCAUGCGAAGCGACUCGCGGGGCGAACUGGGUAAAGCGUUGGAAGUUGCACGAACGGGACGACAGGCCACAUUUAAGCAUGAGAUCAGGCACAAACGAGGUAAUGUAUUGCAGGCACAGACCGCUUUAUUCCCAGGAGACGCUACCCCAGGCACUAAGCCUUCUUUCCUGAUUGCUCGAAUAUAUCUAUUGAAAAAUUCACGGUCGACAUACCUUCAGCAACGUAAUAGUCCGAUAGUCUUAUCAACCACAACCACCAAGCUGAACAAUCGAGCAACAUCAGCAGGGACUAUCAUAAACACUACCACGGCUCUUGCCUCACAAAGCAACCAAAAACCAGCCACGGUCGCGACCGAAGCAGGAUCUCAUGGACUCCCACUAGGCACCCAGGAUGAAGCAAUGCUCUCCGGAAACAAUAUAUUUGAAGAACUGAAAACAGUACGAAGCUCAAGUUGGCAAUUUGAACUACGGCAACUUGAGAAGAACAAUCGCUUACUUGCAGAAGAACUGCAAGGACUACUCAGCCGUAGGAAGAAACGCAAGAGAAAGAAAGGCACCGGACCAUUAGAGAAGGAAUGCAUAAGCUGCCAUACUCGUAAUACGCCAGAAUGGAGACGCGGACCAAGUGGACAUCGUGAUCUUUGCAACAGUUGUGGAUUACGAUGGGCCAAGCAGAAUGGCCGCAUAUCCCCCCGGAAACCGUCUGAUCAAAGGGAUAAAACCUCCAGCCCUGCUUCGGGAAAGGCUUCACCGGGUAGUCUGACAGAUGAGAAGGCACAGUCACAGGUACAGGCACAAGAAAAAGCUGAUAGCUAAUGAUCAUGGCCCACUCCUCUCUACGAUGGCGUUAUAGGUUCUAGAUGAUUUUACGAUACCAAAAAGCUCUUCGUUAGCUAGAUGUUCAGGUUACCUUGUAUAUAUAUCGAUAUGUAUAUUUCAAAAACUGCCCAACUUAACUGAGUAUGUCAGAUCCAGAACGAAUCCAUACAUACAUAUCAUU